AACCAAUCACAAUAGCGGUAGAGGUUUGUCAAAGACAGAGUUCGGUCAUGCUAGCUAACGUGUUUACUGAACUCAAGGAGGGCUUCUGUUGUCAUUUUACAUAGUGUACUAUAAAACUAUUCAACGUAAAUACAAAUAUGCCCGACGACAACAUGGAGAAGGUGCACAUGGUUACAUGCACCGCUCCUGUGAAUAUAGCUGUCGUUAAAUACUGGGGGAAAAGGGAUGAGGACUUAAUUCUACCCAUUAACUCAUCGCUGAGUGUCACACUUCAUCAAGAUCAGCUGAAAACAACUACAACUGUAUCCACCAGCAAGUCUUUUCGAGAAGAUCGACUAUGGCUCAACGGGAAAGAGGAGGAUAUCAGCCAACCGAGACUACAGUCCUGUCUGAGAGAAAUUCGACGUCUUGCAAGGAAAAGGCGGAAUGAUGACGACCCGGAUUCGGAUUCUACUUGUUUGUCUCAUAAGGUUCACAUCUGUUCCAUCAACAAUUUCCCCACUGCUGCUGGACUUGCUUCCUCUGCAGCUGGUUUUGCAUGUUUAGUGUACACGCUGGCCCAGGCGUUUGGUGUAGAAGGGGAAUUGUCUGCAGUCGCCCGUCAAGGUUCAGGCAGUGCAUGCAGGAGUAUGUAUGGGGGUUUUGUCCAGUGGAUCAUGGGACAGCAGCGGGAUGGCAAGGACAGCCUUGCCCAGCAGGUGGAGCCAGAGACACAUUGGCCUGAACUGAGAAUACUUGUGCUUGUGGUCAGUGCUGAGCGCAAACCUGUGGGUAGCACCUCUGGCAUGCAAACUAGUGUACAAACCAGCUGUCUCCUAAAGCACCGGGCUGAGUCGGUUGUCCCAGGUCGCAUGGUAGCCAUGAUUGAUGCAGUGCGCAGGAAAGACUUUACUGCUUUUGCUGAACUAACCAUGAAGGACAGUAACCAGUUUCAUGCCACCUGCCUGGACACGUACCCUCCUAUAUUCUACCUCAAUAGUGUGUCUCAUCAAGUCAUCAACAUGGUGCAUCGCUAUAACCAAUACUAUGGUGAGACUAGGGUGGCGUACACCUUUGAUGCAGGACCCAAUGCUGUGAUAUUCACUUUACAACAACAUGUUCCUGACUUUACUCAAGCUGUCCGACAUUUCUUCCCUCCGGAGACCAAUGGAGGAGAAUUUGUUAAAGGUCUCCCCGUUCCUCAAACUGACAUUUCUGCAGAGUUGAAACAGGCUAUUGGUUUGGAGCCUAUGCCUACAGGAAUUAGCUACAUUAUCAGCACUAAGGCUGGUCCAGGUCCAUGUAUUGUGAAGGACCCCACACAGCAUCUGCUUGGGCCUAUUGGGUUACCAAAGUACACUGUGAGGCAUCAUGCACAAGAAGGAGCCAAUGGAGUAAAUCACAAAAUUGUUGCUAAUAUGUAACUGCAUUUUGUAUUGGUCUCUCAAUCAAGGCAUUGACAGAUUCUUUUUUAGUGAUGACAUUUUUACUACUUACCACUAAUUGAUUGGAUUUUGUCAUGGAGGUUGUGAAUUUGUCAUGGCAACUGUGUAAUUAUGACUUUGACCAGGACACUAAACUAUGCAAUAUUUUCAUUUAGUAAAGUAAAGGCUCCAUGUAAUUGUGUAAUAAUACAACAUUGCUUUUUAUCAGAUUUUGUAUGUACUGCAUGAAUUUCCCAGCAGUCACUGAAAAAUAAAUGGCAAAAAAAACA